AUACUCAUACCUUGUAAAAACUCUUCAAAUGUGUGGAAACUAUUUUAAAGAGCUUACAGGUGGGAGAUAUAUUGAUGAAGAUAACCAGCUGAAUGUUUAUGACUUAAGUCUUUUGUACGUCAGUUAUCUGAUGUCAUGCUCCCUGUAUCCACAAGUUUAAAGAAUAGUUGUGUUUCGAUAUUCAUUGAAACUGAUGUCUGAUAGUGUUUCCAGUCAAUCAACUCGUUCUAAUAUUUGGGACCUGACGAAAUCCCAAACCUCCUUUUUAAGAAGUGUGCUGGCACUCUAUGUCAUCCAUUCAUGGACAUCUUUAACAAAUCCUUCUCAACUAAUUUCAUACUGAAAAGGUGGAGAAAAGUAUAUGGUGAUAGGAGUGUGAAAAUUACACCCAUAGCAAUAACUUCUUUUUUCAAAACAAUGGGAAAACUACUACUACUCCCACUUCAACCUGCAUUUAAAGAGCAUAUUGAUCCAUAUCAGUUUGCUUACAAAUGCAAAAGAAGUAUCUUCGAUGCUGCUAUUAUUUUGCACCAUAACACGUUUACUGUCAUUAAAACCUACAACUUGAUAACCAUCUGGAUGCGUUCUUACCUUUCUGGAAAAGAGCAGUACACCGUCCUCGGAAGAAAGUGUUCUACGUCUCCGCUUACUCAUGAAGGCGUGCCACAAUGAGCUGUUCUGUCUCCUUUUUUUCCUAAAUGAUCUGCCAUCUCCACAGGAAAUACUUCUGUUCAAUGUAUGGACGAUCUCAUUGCAUAUACACCGAUAUCUACCUAUUUAUGUCCCCUUGAAAUGAAUGAGCUUUUGUCUCUCAUUGAACGAUCGUUGGUUGUUAAUAGCUUCACACGUAAUCUUUCUGAAUCGCAAACUUCCCUCAAAUGCCCUGGUACGGCCGAUAGUGGGGAGAGUCUGCUCUCCCUCUCUAAAUGCUCACACAUGGCCACGCGUAUACAGCCACGAUCAGGGAAGUCUUACCCAAUGCCUUCUCGCGGUGGGGGUACGAAUGUUUGUGUUUAAAUAAAUAAAUAAAGUGGCAAACUUCUAAUUUUAGACUGAGAUAUAAAUAGUCCUUAAACACCUUGUAGGAUUCCCAUAAAGUUUAUACUACUGGCGAUUCCGUAAUAAACAGUAUCAAAACUUAUUUGUUUUUGUGGAAGUUUUUCCUUUGAUCUCUUUCCGUCUUCUCAUGUUUUAGUGAUAUUGAGUUUUCCGUUUAAUUUAUUAUAUAAAGAGGCUACAUUCUUUCUUCAUUAAUUUUACGAUUUGUAAGUUCUUGCAUAUUACCUGUCAUUCUUUGUCGGGUUUUUGAAAAAAAGAUUUUGCUGUUCUGCAGAAUGAUGAAGGCAGUUAGCAGGGUAUGUGGUGAAUGUUUUGAGGCCAUUAUUAAUAUGGUACUUUAUCUAACGAAUAUACUUUGAAUAGUAGGUUGUUAGAGCUGACCUAUUUGUAUUUUUAAAUGUGUCUAAUUAUAAGCUGUACAGGUUCUUAUUGCACUUGAAACAUUCCAUUUAAUUCCAGGUAGUUCACUAACUUAGUGUAUGUAUGUUAUCGUUUUUUGUUUUUUAAAAGGAACUCGUUAAAAUAUUAUGUGCUGAGAAUUCCAUAUCGUACUAAACAUAUAUUGAAUAAAGCCAGUCUCACCAUAACAAUAAAUCCAUAAACUUGUUUUCUUGUCAUCUCCAUACAUCUUAGCCGAUAGUGCUUUGCAAUAGUUUUGAUUUUCGUUUCUUGAAAUCCAUUGCAUUUGACCCACUGCCUCAUUAUCAUACUAUUCAGGUUCUUUAGAAAAAGUGCUGAAAUGAAGGAAUUCCUUUUUAAUACAUUACCUAAGUGUGCGCGUUGACAUGCUAAGAAGAAUUUGUGGUAUACGUUAUUUGUCAUAAUAAUUGUUUUACGAAGUCAUAUUAUUUAGGUAGUAACGGGUGCCACAUGGUCCAAACAAAGAACAUGUAAUUUCAUGGGAUUAUAUUUCUAAUGGUCAUCUGAAACUUAAACUAUAUUGGGAGACCGAUUUUCCAUGCAAGCACUGAUAUAAAACACAGUAGUUUUUAUCGUUUAUUUGCAAAAUAGUAUUACGUUAAACUAAACACGAGUUCUCAUUUUUCUAGUUAUUUUCGUAGAUUGGUCUGUGUACUAAAAUAUUGAUUCGUGUUUUCGCAAGUAUGUCUGUCGCACUAAAUUAUGUAUUCAAAGUUUAGAUAGACAGACAUGAAUUAAAUUAAACAAGUGAUCCACUAAUUCAGACUGCAGGUCUCACUGUGAGCGUGUCAGUACACAAGUUAAUCUAUCGAUUUUUAACUUCCAUCCUGAUUGGUCGCCUUUGUAGGUCACUUGUGAUCGAAAUUAGACAGGUCGGCCCGAGGACAGUCUGUCUAAAUUAAUUCUUUUUCAAACAGAGGUUUUUCAUUUAAGCUAGUUCUGGAGAGACUAGUUCUUGGCAUCCGCGCCAGUUUCUUAUUCAGCUAUAGGUUUCAUCAGGUUGUGAACUUUCAUCAUCCUUCGAUGUUUGGACAUUUCAAUUUUGAUGUUUUUUAAUAACUCUGCGGGCAUACUGUAUUUUAAUUACAGUUCUGUAUUGGUUGAACUUUCUGAGGACUGGUGAUCAUUCUGAAUGGAGAGUAGUACUAAGGCUAGGUUGGGCGACGACGGAUUUCUAUGUUCCAAGCAAUGUAUCUUCCAAUGCUGCGUCACAUCGAGCCCUUGUCUUGGAGUCAUUACCUCGUUGCCUUUCUAUUCGUGUCUCCGGUCGACCCGUACCCUUACCUGACCCCAUUUUUCAUGGUGGUCAGGCUCAACGUCUUGGAAAGCGCCUUCGUUUAUCAAUUGAUAUAACAGACAAAGUACUCAUGAAGUGUGGUUCUGCAGUUAGAAACAGAGUUGUCGAUAUUGAAUUAACCUGGUUGCAUGCACCGUUGGAAGAUCAAUCUGUAGGACUCUUAAACUUGGUUGCUGAUGGACUGGUUUCUCCAUUGUUAUGUCAUCUAAUUGGGUUGCCUCUAGUUCAAGUUACACUUGAUCGAGCUUAUUCAGUUUCCGAUCUUCGAAAUACCUUUAAUUUGGAAAAUCCAGAGGCCUACAAAAAUUUCAUCAAUGGACCACUCUUAGAUCCUAUCGAAUUUCCAUCAUUAACAGUAAAUGCAGAUGGUUCAGGAACUUUAGAAGAUCACGGGGUUUUCGGAGCUUAUGACAAUUGUUUGCCAACGGCAUUCUCACUUCCUGCUGAUAAUACAAAACAUGAACUGAAAUCUCGGCUUCAAAAAUCGUCUGACGAUAGUGAUUUAUGUUUUGAAGAUGGUGACGUUGAGCUUGCUGACUACAUCCCUGUGUGCUUAUUGUGUCCACUAACUCGAACAAGAAUCGAUCUUCCUGUACGAUCGUUCAACUGUUCACAUCUUCAGUGUUUUGAUUUACACUCAUAUUUAACAAUCAAUAUGCGAAGACCUCGUUGGUCUUGCCCUAUUUGUAGUAUCUCUGCACCAUUUCGUGACUUAAGAGUAGAUGAAUUUUUUAUGAGUAUUUUGAAAAAUCCUCGUAGUGUUGACGUUGAAUUUGUUCAGUUGGAUGCAAAUGGUGAUUGGUAUUUAAAUAAUCCUAAUGACGUUAGUCCAAAUAGUUCUUUCAUCACGGAAUCUAAUCAAUUAAAAAUUGAACAGAAAAAUGUCGAAAAUGUAAAGGCUUCUAUUACAUUGAAAAAUCUUGAAGCACCUAAUGAAGGAGACAAAGUGACUACUGAUAAAUUGAAUGAAUCCGAAACAAACACUGUUGAUAUAAACAAUACAUAUAUGGAAACGACAGAACAAGUAACUAAAGAUAAUCACAACAAUACUAAUAGUAAUAAUGACAAUUGUCAGCCAGAACCUGAGGUAAUUAUCUUAAGUGAUGAUGAUGAUGAUGAUAUUAAUAAUAAUGAUACAAAGGAGACGAAGACAUAUGUCCAAAAUGGCAGUAAUGAUAAAAGUGUCAAUCAGUGUCCACAAAAUGUUGAUAAGCAUAAAACCACUUGUAAUAACGGUCAAAAUGAUGAUAUAAAUAAUGGUUUUCCAUGUUUAAAAGAAAAAAGUACUAUCUCAAGUAAUACGCAGUCUACACGAACUUUCACGCUUGAAAUCGAUCUGACAAAUGAUGAUUCAGAUUCUUCUUCACUUUGUGAACCAAAUAACAGAAUAUUGGAGACCCCUUUUACUACUGAUCAUACUGUUCCGACAAAUGACAUUCAGCAGUCGGAUCUUUCAUCUGACUUUAUUCGCACAAGAGAUGAAAUUCGAUUUGGUAAUAAAGGUCCGUUAGUAGUGAUUAGCCCGUUACAGCCUAUAAGUAUUCCCAAUUCUUUGUCUGGCUCAACUGAAGAAAAUGAUUUAAAUUCCCAUUUAGAUGAAUUUAACGCUAUACGUAAUGAAUUAAUUAUGGAUCCUAAACAGAUCUCACGUGCAGACAGUAAUUGGCCUCCAGAACUUGUGCAAACUAUGUUGAGAACCUCUAAUAGUUCCGUUAACAAUAUCAAUCAGUAUGAUAUCAUUGGUUCUAAAUCUGCUUUCUAUCAACGACUAUUGGAAGUAACUGCUCAUCGAGUGAAUCAAACAAUGCUUAAGAAAAAUUCACAUAUCCCCUUAAGAGAUAAUGAAAGAUUGUUAUAUAACAAGGCAUUAUCUCUUGCUUUUGAUGGUGGUGGGUCUAAGAGGAAAGGAAACUCAACUAAACCUAAUAAUAACAAGGUUAAUAGUAGACCAAAAACAUCUAAAAAGGUACUAACAUCCGAUUCUGAAGAUGAAUUCCCAGAUAAACCUUGUUCAAUAGCAAGUUCUUCGACAAUCACUGGUCGUCGCAAUGCUCAUAUAAUCAAACAACAACAAGCUGCUGCAUUAGCACGCCUAAUACAAGAACGAUCUACUCGUAUCAGAAGUACAUCUGAAGCAUCCAAUGAACAAAAUCAACAAGGAAUUGAAAAUCUCCCUUCAACAAGCAGUAGUAGUAAAAACGUUAAAUCUAAGAAAAAUACUGUCAGUACUCAAUCCAAUAAAAAACGUCCUAUUCGUAAGCGACCUCGUCGACGCCGACCUUCAAAUAUAUCUGAUGAUAGUAACUCUUCUAGUCAAUCUUUAUAUACUUCAGAAAUGUCUUGUGUUUCCACUUCAGAACCAUCAAAUGACUCCUCUUUUGUUAAUUCAUCACAAUGUACUGAUGAAGAUGAUGACUUGUCAAUCGACUCAUUCUCAUCAGAUGAUCGUUGGUCUCCUUCACAUGUUAGCUUCAACAGGAAGCAAAAAACUAAACGCAAACCGAAAGUACGUCGGUGAAAUUUUCGUCUUUUAUUCAAAUCUCGACAUUUUUUCCUUCUAAAGAUUGUAAACCAGUUUUAUUAUCAGCAUUUUUAUUUGUUCUAUCAAAUUUGUACAGUAUAAUUGGUUACUUUUUUCACACAUACACACACACACUUUAUCUACCUUCAUAUACAUGUAUAUUAACUCAAGAUCAUUUUCAAUUACAAUUCGAGUUUUUGUGGAUUCCCUUUCAUUUCGAGAUACUGUUAUAUUUUUCUUUAAGUGUAAUAAAUAUAAAAAAUCUUUUUACAGCUUU